AUGUCCACGUUUGCCCUUGAACCUUUGCCGCUUUUCCAGCCCAUCACGGCCACGUCAGAGGAGCGCAUCACGCAAUUUUUGGAGACGCUGAGGGCGCAGCACAAGUCAGGCCUUCCGCUGCUCUUCCAGCGCGCCUGGAAUCGCGGCACAUCGGACUUGCCCACCCCGCAGAAUGACCUUCGUCUUCUGGCAUACGCCUUCCUCGUCGCGCGACACUGGAGCGUGGAGAAAGCAGUGAAGAUGGCUAACGGUGCGUGUCUCUUCGUCGAGAAAUUCUUCACCGGCAAUGAAUGGUUCUUGCCGUCUGCCUUCUCGAUUCGCGGCUACGAUCAGACCAGCGUGGCGGCAUGGACACAGCAGCCCUUCGGAACAACGAACACGCCGCUCUACCGGUGCAUGCAGGCGAUGACGCCACUGGUGCAUGGUGGGUUUCACUACUGGGACCGCCGUGGCCUGCCGGUGGCCUACUGGCUUGUAGGACGCAUGGAUACGCACUCGCUCCUCCGGAAACUGAAGCCGCAGGUCCCGGUUGGCACCACGAUCGAAGAGUUCUUCCAGCUUUUUGGAGGCGGCAUCAUCGAGACGGGCUGGGCACUCUGCAGGUACCAGGACGCCGUUCUCACAGCCCACCCGCAACCCGGGAUCGACAUGGGCGCGCCGCGCCGCAACUUCUGCACCAUCGUCGUGGACUGCAAAGGGCUAAACUAUAGGAUUAUCGACAGGCAGCUGCUGGAAAAGACAAAGGCGACGCUGCAGCAGAUGCACUGCGUGUUUGCCGACUGCAUCCACCGUAUCAUUGUCGUGAACUGCCCGCCGAUGGUGAAGUUUGCUUACAGACUCCUGAAAUCUGCCAUCGGCGAGGGUGUGCAGCAGAAGAUCACAUUUGUGUCGCCCGAGAACACGGCGGCGGCGCUCGACAGCGUCGUCGGUCUGGAGCGUGUGCCGGCCUUUCUUGGCGGCCACUGCCAUUGUGAGGGCGGCUGCAUCGCCUCCUACAACCCGAACGCCACCUUCACGACCGCGGAGGUUGACGACGAGGGUGACGCCACGACGGAGGACAUCAUCGUUGGCCCUGGCAAGAAGCAUGAGAGAGUGUUCGAGCUGCAGCAGGGCGAGGAGGUGAUUUGGGAGUUCUCGACGACGAAGGGCACCGAUGUACGCUUCUCCGUCAUGUUUUACCCGAAGCAGCAGGGCGUGACGGCGCAGUCGAAGGGUGGAAAGGUGAGGGUACGCAUCGACAAGUCAGCGAAGCGCACAACGACCGAGAACCCGGUGGUGAAGCAGGAGAAGCUGAAGGAUGGCGCAGACAGCUACAUGGCCCCUGAGGACGGCAUUCUGCAGCUCGUCUGGGACAACUCGAAGUCGAUCGUGAGCGACAAGGGCAUUCAGAUGCGCAUCUACAAGUCGGAAGCAAUGAUGGAGUCGCCCGAUGACUAA